AUGCAGUAUCCGUUAUUGUUUCCGUAUGGUGAAGAUGGUUUUAGAUUAGGUAUUGAUAUUGGCUAUGUUGAUACAUCUGGAAGGAAACGCACAACCGUGACAAUGCGCGAAUUUUUCGCAUUUCGCAUUCAAGACAGGCAUGGAGAAUCCCCAAUCAUUAUGAUGUCUGGGAGAUUGUAUCAGCAGUUUCUGGUUGACGCAUAUACGAUGGUAGAAUCAAAUAGGCUUCGUUAUAUAUGGCAUAAUCAAAAGAAGCUACGGUGUGACAGCUUUGAUAAGAUUGAACAAUCUGGUGAACGUGGCAAUAAUGAUCUUUCUGAACAAGGAAAAAAGGUGCUUAUACCUGCUUCAUUCACGGGAAGUAAGAGAUUCAUGAGGAAACAUUAUCUAGACGCGAUGGCCACAUGCAAGUACUACGGAUACCCGGAUUUUUUCAUAACAAUUACUUGCAAUCCAAAAUGGCCUGAGAUAACGAGGUUUUUGGAAAAACAUGAUCUAAAGAUCGAGGAUCGACCAGAUAUUUGUUGCAGGAUUUUUAAAAUGAAGCUCGAUAAUUUAGUGAAUUAUCUAACGAAAGACCACGUUAUGGGCCACGUUAACUCAGCGAUGUAUACCAUUGAAUUCCAAAAAAGAGGAUUGCCACAUGCCCACAUGGUUGUUUUCUUGAAACCCGAAUCCAAACUACCAACAGGCGAGGACAUAGAUAGAUUUAUAUCAGCAGAGAUACUGGACAAGGACUUGGAUCCAAUUUUGUACGAAAUUGUUGGAGACUUGAUGAUACAUGGACCAUGCGGUGAUGACAAUCCAAAAAAUGUUUGUAUGCAUGAGAAAAGAUGUACAAAAUUCUUUCCUAAGCCUACUGGAUCAGUUACUAAAAUCGAUGAUGCUGGCUUCCCCAUCUAUAGACGUCGUAUGGAUCAAAGAACCAUUCUGAAGAGGGGUGUUUUGUGUGAUAACCGAUAUGUUGUCCCAUAUAAUCCAGAUCUCUUAAAGCGUUUUCGGGCACAUGUUAACGUUGAGUGGUGCAACCAAACCAGGUCUAUAAAGUACCUAUUCAAAUAUAUAAACAAGGGUCCAGAUUACAUUAGAGCAGCAAUCGAGGAUGAAGACGGUAACCCCGUUAUAUCCCAAGAUGAGGUUGAGCAACAUUACAAUUGCAGAUACAUUUCACCGUAUGAAUCUUCAUGGAGGCUUCUAAAGAUUCCUACACAGUACCGAACCACGGCAGUAAUGCAACUUUCGUUUCAUUUGCCUGGUAAACAAUUGUGUAUAUAUCACGAAGGAGAGAGCGUUGACCAAGUCUUAAACAAGGCAUCGGUAGGUCAGUCACAAUUUCUAGCGUGGAUGGAGGCAAACAAGGAACAUGCCUUGGCAAAGGAGCUAACAUAUGCUGAUUUCCCAACAAAAUUUGUCUGGGUCUCAAAGCAGCGGCAAUGGAGAAUACGAAAACAAGGUUUUGCCAUAGGCAGACUGGUGUAUGUCUCACCUUCCGCUGAAGACGCAUAUCAUUUGAGGAUUCUUCUCAAUAUAGUCAAGGGCCCUGAGAGUUUUGAUGACUUAAAAAAGGUUAAUGGUGUUAUAUACUCUUCUUUCCGAGAAGCAUGCUUUGCGCUUGGUUUGUUAGACGAUGAUAAAGAAUACAUCGAAGGAAUUAAAGAGGCCAGUUUUUGGGGAACUGGAAAGUUUCUUUGUAAACCUUUUGCUAUAAUGCUUCUUUCGAGUAGUGUAGCAGUUCCGAUCAACGUCUGGAAUGGUACUUGGAAAAUAUUAACUGAGGAUUUCUUAUAUCAGAAAAGGCGUGAAGAGAAUGACCCAGGUUUGGUGUUGACUGAAGCCCAAUAUAAGAAUCUUGGUUUAUCAGAUAUAGAGAAGUAUAUGCGCAGAAACGGUCAUUCAUUAUCCGACUAUAAAGGAGAGAUGCCAGUCCCUGAUGAUAUUGGAAAGUAUAAGAAAUCAAAUCAUCUAAUCCGGGAUGAGAAAUCAUACGAUCGUGCAAAACUUGCAAACGAUCAUGUCAAGUUGUUUUCAACAAUAACCAAUGAACAGAAGGAUAUCUACAAUGAGAUAAUGGAUGCAGUUACAAGAGGUAAAACGUACCUUUGGAGGCUUUUAGGUGCUGCUCUUCGUUCUCAAGGAAAAAUAGUUCUCAAUGUUGCAUCAAGUGGCAUUGCAGCAUUGUUAUUAGAGGGAGGAAGAACAGCGCAUUCUCGGUUUGGAAUACCCAUAGUUGUGAACGAGUAUACAUUCUGUAAUGUGAGUUCUGGAUCACACCAACCAGAGCUGAUUGAAGCAGCCGAUCUUAUUAUAUGGGAUGAGGCUCCGAUGAUGAGCAAGCAUUGUUUUGAGACAUUGGAUCGGACUAUGCGUGAUAUACUAAAGUGUGAUAAGGUCUUUGGUGGAAAGGUCAUUGUUUUGGGUGGUGACUUUCGACAAAUACUCCCUGUUAUUGUCAGAGGCAAUAGCUCAGAGACUAUAUUGGCAACUGUGAAUUCUUCUCAUAUUUGGUCUGAUUGCAAAGUUCUGCAGCUAAAGACAAAUAUGAGACUGCUUUGUGGCGAUAAUGAUUUCAAUAAUCAAAAAAUUGAAGAAUUCGCCAAGUGGAUCUUGGAUAUUGGUGAUGGAAAACUAAAUAUUCAUGAUACCAUAGAAGAUGAAUUAGAAAUUCCAGCGGAUUUGCUGAUAAGCGGAGAAGGUGAUCCUGUUAAGAGAAUAGUCUCAGAGAUUUAUGGUCAAUCUUACACAACCACUCGUGAACCAGUUUUUUUUUCAGGAAAGGGCAAUACUCAGUCCACGGAAUCAAGAUAUCGACGUUAUCAAUGA